ACCCAUCAAUUCGCAACGACCUCAUUUGUAUGCAUGUACUAAUAUGUAUGUAAUGGCUGUAGGCAUACAUUCAUAUUAUUACGAUGCUUAUACUGUCAGUAAGUAAUGAUAUGUAUUCGCAAAAGAAGUUUUUGUGGCCGUAAAUUGGGUACCUAUCUACUUCUUGGGAAGAAAGUUGGUUGCGUGAAGUGUUAUAGUUUGGAGAAAGUCUGACAUUUAAUUUCCAGUUGUCGUGUCUGUCGUAUCGGAAAACCAAAGUUCAGUCCAGUCCAAUCUAGUCACGAAAAGGGGCUGUAAUCGAGAGGAAAAGUUAAAAGUGUGGAAUUAUUUGGUGGAAACUUGUGGAUUUUUUUUUCUCCGUAAUUUUCUUAGGUUAGAAAUAUAAUGGUUUUUGCGAACGAUUUGAACCCCACGGAAUCUAGGAGGGCGUCGAAUACGAGUUAUGAAGCUUGGAUGCCACAAUUUUCUGGACUCCAUCGCCCCAAAGGAAUCGAAAUUUUGACAUCUUUCGACAAAUUCAUUUUUAAAACGGCGUACAAAUCUGACGGAGGUGCCCUUCGAAGCAUGAAAUCUUUACUCAAUCGAUGUUCCCACAUUGAAGUUUGUGGUAAAAGCAAGCAUCCCAUACUCGUUGGUGUUCGAAGGCGUUCCUUUCUCCACCCAUUUUCUCCCCCCGUCUCAAUUUUUGAUCUCAAUUCAAGGAAAAUUUUAACCGUGGAUUCGUUCAAAGGAUUGCACUGUUUUUGGAAUAAAUCUGAAGUGGAAAUUCUAAGUUCUAACGGAAUGAUUGGUUUAAUUCGCGUCUCAACAUCGCAAGGGAUAAAAUCUUAUGAAAUUCUUGAUUCAUACAGCCAAAUCACUUUCCAUAUCACACCAAACCUUGCACCUCACCAAGGUCUUCAACUUUUGAUCUUAGGAGCAGAAAGAUCACUUCUAACCGCAGCCCUGCUACAAAACAAACGCCACCAUCAACCCAGAGAUGAACAAAAUGAUGACUUUUGUCUCGAGAUUUUCAAACCUUUAUCGCCCAAUUUAAAAGCACUUUUAGUUUCAUUUUCCUUGUUUGUAAUUUUUUCCAACGUUCGAUCCUCACAAUUGGAUACUUAGCGUUUGUUAACCUCACAAUGUGCUGUCUGUGCCAGUAAAAAAUACAGCCUUCUCAGAAUAUGUCACUCACUCCACAAUAUCAAUUCAUCAAGUAUGUACGUACAUAUUCAUUUUUAUGAAUAGUACGCAUGUUCGUAAGAAUGAAUGUCUAUUAAAAAUGAGAGAAGAAGAAAAAGCAUUAAAAUUAAAAUGCCUCGUCAUCAAAACUUACUCACUGAACUUUACCAAUGCCAAGGAUUUUGCGAUACAAUGCAAUGUUCAUUUAAAGAAAAUAAAGUUUCCGGAUUUCCA